UAGCAAUCUUGCGAAACUUCUAAACGCGUUGUGCUUGAAGUAAAGUCUUGGUGGAUAGACGUGUUCGACCUUUCGGUGCGCUGUGUUCUCAUUAUUCCUGUGAAGUUCCAAUAACCUUAAUUCGACAUGGGUGUACCAGCUGGUGAUGUUGAGAAGGGAAAGAAGCUGUUCGUCCAGCGAUGCUCGCAGUGUCACACUGUCGAAGCUGGCGGCAAGCACAAGGUCGGCCCAAACCUGCACGGAAUCUUCGGUCGCAAAACUGGCCAGGCAGCUGGAUUCUCCUACACAGAUGCCAACAAGGCUAAGGGAAUCACCUGGAAUGAGGACACUCUCUUCGAGUACCUAGAAAACCCGAAGAAGUACAUCCCCGGCACCAAGAUGAUCUUCGCUGGUUUGAAGAAGCCCAACGAACGCGCCGAUCUCAUCGCUUACCUGAAGUCGUCUACCGCCUAAAAACGCCAUAGAUCGUUUAUCUACAAAAAUAUCUAAUUCACAAUAGCAACAACACUGCUCGGACUUAAAACAACAUCAACCAAAUCACUGAAUAGAUACGAAGAAAAAGAGAGUUCAAGCCAACCCAUUAGGACAAUUUAAAAAAAAUCUAAUUUUAAUUUUAUUUAUAUAUUAGAUUAAAGAAAAAACAGCUCAGUUGUUUCGCAAAUUGUAUUGAUCGUGAUGCAACAAUAAAAACAUGUGGAACACAGUUCGGUGGAUUGAUCCUCCUUAAUUAAGGAGGAGCUUCCACGUGUAGUAUUAUGAAAGCCCAAA